UAUUGUAACAUUCUCUCAUCACACAGUUAGUGUAGUCGCGAUCCUAGUGAAUAUUAAACGCCGUCACAAAUAUUAAACAAUCUGAUCGUCCAAUUAUUUUGACUAGUACUUAGUGGUAUAUCUUUAGCAAAAGAGGAUUUUUUACAGUUGGAUAUGUUGUUCUUUGGUGUGUUGUUCAUAUCGUGCAUCUGGAUUAUGCCAGUCUGUGGUGCACUGGAGUCAACAGUUGAACAAGAACAUGUCAGCGUAAAAGAAGGUCAGACUGCAGUCCUGCUUUGCACCGUGAAAGAGCUAGGAACAAGAAUGGUUGUCUGGAGAAAGGUAGGCUCCGACUUUCCGUUAACAAUUGGUCAAUACGUGUAUGUGGGAGAUGUGAGAUUUGCUGUAUCUGCUAACGGACCAGACUGGGACUUGAUGAUAAACAACGUCAAAAACAGUGACGCAGGAAAAUAUACUUGCGAAAAAAGCGCAAAAACCCCUUCCAUAGUGAAAAUCGUUACACUAGAAGUAACGCAGCAAGCAGCACUGGAGUCAACAGUUGAACAAGAACAUAUCAGCGUAAAAGAGGGUCAGACUGCAGUCCUGCCUUGCUCCAUGAAAGAGCUAGGAACAAGAACGGUUGGCUGGAGAAAGGUAGGCACCGACUUUCCGUUAACAGUUGGUCAAUUCGUUUAUGUGGCAGAUGAAAGACUUGCUGUAUCUGCUAACGGACCAGACUGGGACUUGAUUAUAAAAAGCGCAAAAAACAGUGACGCAGGAAAAUACACGUGCGAAAUAAGCGCAAAAACUCCUUCCAUGGUGAAAAUCGUUACACUAGAAGUAACAGAAGUAACGCAACAAGCAGACCUAAACAUUACGGGCACAAAAUUUGUACCACAGUAUGGCAACAUCAAUUUAACAUGCAAGACAGGUGGUGGUCACACAGCACCUACUCAUGUCGACUGGUUUUUUAAUGGUCAAAAAAUCAGGAGCUCAAAUUCAUUCUGGAAUGGUAGAUUAUCGAUAAUAAGCUGGCAAGAGUUACAUACACGGUCAUACACAAGUAACUUAGAAAUAUCAAACAGCCGAAUGGAUGACGCCGGGAUAUAUGUGUGCCGAAGUUCAGAUUUAAAUAUCGGAAGCAUCAAAGUGCAAGUGUUAAGAAUUAAGUCAACUCCAGUAGCAACAACGUCUAUACCAGCAGCUACAACACAGCUAAAUGGCAACUCGGAUAAACCGAACCAGGGUAACACUGAGAAUGAAAAUGCAAACGACACGUUAUCAAGUGAGAAUAUAAGUGAAGAGAUGAUGAGGGCGACUCAACUGGAGUUCUACCGGGAACAGAUCUUGACGGACAGGAAAAGACGACAAAUGAUGGAUACCGAGAAAGAAUUCUACGAAGCUAUGAUUAGGUUUCUUCAACAACGAGAGGAGGAAGACAAAAAAUAAAAGCUAUAUAUGUUUAUUAUUCAUUAAAUGAAAUUGACACCAUCA